CGUUAAAGUGUUCGACCAUCAUUCACUUGUCAAUCGUGCGAACGUAACGUUCAGGACAGUUUGAAAUUCGAACAUUCUAAAUUCAAAAUGAACUUCGGUCGUGUUUUGUUUUUCGUGUUCGCCUGCGUGCUGGCUUUGAGCGCGGUGUCAGGGGCACCCAACCCUCGGUGGAACCCGUUUAAAAAAUUGGAAAAAGCGGGACGAAACAUCCGUGACGGCAUCAUCAAAGCUGGUCCCGCGGUAGCCGUCGUCGGUCAAGCCGCGACCAUUGCUAAAGGAUAACAAAAUGGCGUUGACGCAUCUUCCCUCUCUCUCUUUCUUUACUAAGUUUGAGUAGACAGAUGUUUUGAUAACGGUGAAAAGCCGACAUGAAUCUUGAAGACUUUAAUAGUACUUAAGUUUUAUUUAUGGAAUAGAGAAACUUCUUGCA